UUUAAUUAUGAUACUUCUGUCUCAAUAGCAGCUGCUGGGCCUUUCUUAGCAAGACAAGACAUUCUAACCUCAUGGCACUGCUGUGAAGUCGUUUGCUCCUAUUGCUCUCAUUGAAGAGGCUUGCUUUGUACUUCUGGGUCUUCUACUAGCGAUACGAGUGUGUGCGUUUGGAAAUCCUCGUCUAACUGCCGGGCAACAGAAGCAUGGAAAGCGUUUGAGGACAGCGUGCGGGCUGGACUCUGUGUACAUCGCUGUCAGCAGUCAACGUUGUACGCUAUAGCAAGCUCAGAGAGAUCAGUGGAGCUGCGAGCGCUUCGCGGAACACCUGGCCCAGGCCAUCCUCAAUACGCAGCUGUUCUUACCAAGCCGCGGUGCAGCUACCGCGUGUACCAUUUGAGCCUUGGGGAGCAACAUUUGGCCAUCCACAAGUGGCAACAACAUCCCUUCCCUGCUGAGUAAACAGAGGGCUGCUAUACCAGCCCCCAACGACCUAGCCUCUAGCUAAUAGCUCCUACUCAGCAGCGUUAACCGGCUCUCCAAUCCCAGCCGUACAUCACUUACAGCACCUGACAUUGACCCCAGUUUGGGAAGAAUGGGUGCCGGUGCCUCCACCACUCGGCGACCGCCACCUACGCCCACCCCUGCUGAUGUGGCAGCAUUGGAACAGCCCUUCUACCGCGAUAAUGGAGCUAUGUGCUUUUACUGCCUGCCGUACGAUGAGGAAAUCAAAAAGCGAAGCACCGUGUCGGUGCUGGAGGUGGGCGCGCUGGGCUUUCGCCUGCUUCGGCCCGCCUCCGAGGACUGCCUCUUAGCCUUCCCCUGGGGCCAGAUACACAGCUGGGCGCACACUGAGAAUCGCUUCAGCUUUCGGUUCUUUGAUGAUGGGAAGAAGACGGUGGUGCCGUACACCCUCUUCCUGCGGGACCUUCCAGCGCUGAUGGGCCACAUACAGACCGUCAUCGACGCUAUCCUCGCGGAUCGAAAGCGACUGGUUAUUCCCGAGGAGCGGUUCUUGCAGCUGCUUCAUGAGUUCAAGGUUUGCUGCGGCUCCGGCGGCUCCCCCCAGUCGCUGCUGCUGCGGGGCGGCAGCGGCUGCAGCGAGCGGUACUUCUGGAGCGAGCAGGGCCGGCAGCUGCUGGACCUCAUACCCUCCUCGUUCGACAAGGUUGAGGUGGCGGUGCUGCUGCACGGGCGACUGAUCGACCAGAACCGCUUCAGCUACAUGCUGGAGGGCCUGGAGUCCCCCUCGGACCGCGACAACGUGUGGCACCGCAUCACGGCGCUCAAGAAGGCCGGCAGGGCGCUGUCGGGGGGGAGUGGCGGCAGCGGGGGG